AAGAUGGUGACCAUCGGCGACCUGCCCCCAGACAUUCUGGAGGACGUGCUGUCUCGGGUCCCCGGAAGGGAUCUCGUCUGCAACUGCCGGCUGGUUUGCUCGCAGUGGUGCGAUGUGGUGGAUCUGCCCGCCUUGUGGAAACGCAAGUGCCAGAGAGAGGGCUACUGCCUCGCGAUGUUCGACAGAAGCAUCUCAGAAUGGAAGACCCUCUACUUUCUCUGCAGCUUGAAGAGGAACUUAAUCAAGAACCCGUGCGGCGAAAAGGGCUUGAAGUUCUGGGAAUUCAAGUCGAAGAAAAAGAAAGUGUGGAAGAUUGAGAAAGCACCGGAAGCCGAUAUGCACUUCCCCCACAUUCGGAAAUGCUUUGUCGCAUAUCAUUUGUGUACCUUCAAGCAUCAGCUCAUCACCUUAAAGGAUGAAGGCUACUGGGAUGAGCUGAUGGACGAGACCAAGCCGGAUAUCGUGGUGAAGGAUUGGUAUUAUUUUAGCCCAAAUUACCGCUACGAAUUGUGUGUGACACUAUUAUCCAAAGACUUCAGCAUCCUGCAAGAAUGUCGCCCCGAAGAGUUCUUCAGAAAUCAGGGGAGAGACGAGGAUAAAUGGUGUGAGGUUUCAUACACUUUCCACGACUACCCAGCCGGCGUCCGCCACAUCCGCUUUAUCCACGGCAACGAAGGCUGGACCUACAUGCGGGUCACCAACAGCAGUGUCACCGUCGGUCCGGAAGCCCUGUGGCGAAGCGAAGCGCCCGGAACCCGUUUGCCCGAUCUGCAUUGUGAUCCGCAGAGGAAGCCCUGCUCUGUCUUCUGA